CAGAAACAGCCCAGGAAAGAAAAAAGAAGAGAGAAAGGAAUUGAAAGUGAGAGAUGUUGAGGGAGAUAAGAGAAGGAAGAGGAAGAGGAGCCACCAAGUGCCAAGACUGUGGGAACCAGGCAAAGAAGGGUUGCGAAUUCAUGAGAUGCAGAACUUGCUGUAACAACAAAGCCUUUAGCUGCCAAACUCAUAUCAACACCACUUGGGUUCCUAUCUGUAGGAGGCGCCACCUUCAUCAACCUCACCAUCAAACCCCCUCUCACAACAGUCCUCCACUAGGACUAGAGGAGUGGAAUAAGCUUCCGGCUGUGAUGAGUUCGAAGGCAGUGUUUCGUUGCGUUUGGGUGCGUUCUGGGGAUGGUACGGUUGACGAAUACGCAUACCAAACGUGUGUGAGCAUAGGAGGACGUGUGUUCAGUGGUGUUCUUUAUGAUCAAGGCCGUCAAAGCUUCGACUACAACAACGUUGGUCAAAGUUCCAAAGACCCCUUGAAUCUGAAUCAUCAUUCUCAUGAUGAUCAGAACCACCAUUUCAUCCGCAGUACAACUUCAAUGAUUCAAUCCCAUGAGGCUGCCACUGUGCCACCAUCAUCUGCGGAGCAUUUUUCUUCUUCCUCGUAUCCUCUUUCUCUUGCAACCUUUAGGCCUGCUAUAUCAUAUUUUACGCCACCAAAGACCUCCUAGUUUCUUUUUGGGGUCUCCAAUAUAAGCUUGAAGAUUUAUUUGACAACGUAUGCAGAUGUGUGUGCGCGCGCGCGUGCGGGAAGAAAAUAAUAUAUAUGCUGGUUAUGUUAAUAAUUAAACUUUUGUGUCCAUGGGUUGAGCUUCUGAGUAAAAUGAUGGUCUUGACAUUUGCAGAACUUGAUAGUGCGUGGCUAAGACUUAAGAGUUGAUUUUCGUUAGUUUCUCCUACUUUUAUGUUUCACACGGACAUGAUGACUGUUUGUAUUUUUUUUAUUUUUUUUAUUUGAAUUAACCCAAAAGCAUAUAGUAGUAAUUGAUUAUGAUAGAAUGUGCCUGCACGCAAGGCUUCAAGGUAAAUUAGAUUAGCAUUCAUCUCAAACGGUGUCAUGAGUGAUAUAUCAUCUCAAUAUAUCAUCUCACUCGUGUGAGUGUGUAAUUACUAAUAGUACGCUUAAAUUGAAGGCACUUCUAUUAAUUAACGAAGCUCAGCAGGCGGCCGUCACACGGUCAGAUACGUACAACUUCAAUUAUGUAUAGCUAGAGCACAUUCUCAGCUAGCUAGUUGAUAUUAAUGUAAUAUCAAUCAAAUG